CUACCGCGCCUCAGACUUGCUUUGGAAAACGGUCGUCUUCAAUGCCAUUUUAUCAAGGUGAUUAUUGAACAAAUCCCUGAGAAGCAAUGGAUAAUAUUUUAGAGAACGUAUCUUUUACUGGACAUUCUGUGUUUUACAACUUUACUGACGAUUGGAUACCUGCUGAAAGAGAAACUAUUGAUUUUAUUAUAAGAUGUGUCAUACCGACUGUGUAUAUUCUGAUCAUAACGAUUGGAUUGUUGGGCAACAUUACCUUGGUUAAGAUUUUUAUCACCAACAGUGCAAUGAGGAGCGUCCCCAACAUAUUUAUUUCGAGUUUGGCAGCUGGGGAUCUUUUGCUUUUGGUCACUUGUGUUCCAGUGGAUGCGUUCAGAUACUUCUUUGAGGAGUGGAUCUUCGGUGUUGUGGCUUGCAAACUAAUUCCGGUCAUUCAACUCACUUCAGUCGGAGUCUCGGUGUUCACUCUCACUGCACUAAGCGCGGACAGGUACAAAGCCAUUGUGAAUCCUAUGGACAUCCAGACAUCCAGUGCCGUGUUCUGGACAUGUCUGAAAGCUGUGUCCAUCUGGGUGAUCUCCGUCAUGCUGGCGGUGCCCGAGGCCAUCUUCUCGCAGGUAGUACACAUCCAGGACAAGAAUGUGACCUUCACCGCCUGUGUGCCCUAUCCCCUUUCCAACGACAUGCAUCCCAAGAUCCACUCCAUCCUCAUAUUCCUGGUGUACUUCCUGAUUCCCCUGGGGAUCAUCUCUGUAUACUACUUCCACAUCGCCCGGACUCUAGUCAAGAGUGCUCACGACAUGCCUGGAGAGAUCAGUGAGCACACGAAGAGACAGAUGGAGACGAGAAAACGGCUGGCCAAAAUUGUUCUGGUUUUUGUGGGCCUCUUUGCUCUUUGCUGGUUCCCCAACCAUGUCUUGUACAUGUACCGCUCCUUCAACUACCGUCAGAUCGACUCCUCUCUGUCGCACCUCAUCAUCACCCUGCUGGCCCGGGUGCUAAGUUUCUCCAGCUCCUGUGUCAACCCGUUUGCCCUCUACCUGCUGAGUGAGAGUUUCCGCAGGCACUUCAACAGCUCACUGCACUGCAAGAGGAAGCCCCACCACGAACGCAACACUAGCUACCUGCAGCAUACCUCAGCCAUAAGAAUGACCUCCAUCAAGAAGACCACCCCUACUGUCAUCAACGGACAUGGCAACAGGCAGGAGGUCACUCUGUAGGUUUAGGAUGUCACCUGAUGACAUGUAAGUGGUGGGAGUGGCACCAAAAAAAAGUUAAGUGCAAAGCUUUUACAAGGAGAACUAUUAUGAAAAGGUCAUGCAUGUGUGCUAAACAGAAAAUGCUUUGUUUGAAGCUGUCUUGUCUAUA